CACAAGUACUGGGACAUUAAGGAGCUCGCUUGUGACCAGGAGGAGGAGCUGAUUGUUCAACAUCCAGUGGAGGAAAGAGGGAAGGAGCCACACACCACAGCUCCAGUUCUUGCUGCCGCUGUCAUUGUAAUCUCAGGUGUUGUUGCCAGAUCCAUGUGGGAACAAGUUGACAGCUAGCACCUGAGGUUCUCAGGAGCAGAGAAACCUUGGCGGUGCUCUCUCUCUCUCUCAGCCACUGCAGAUGCCCCAGUCCCAGAGAACAGGUGGGCAAGGAAGAACAGCUGCUUACAAAGACACGAAUCUCUGCAGAGGACAAGGACUCUGAACCACACGGCUGAGACAUCUGCGAUGAUGCCAGUUUUGUACCUUUAGGACCCAUGUCUGAACAAGCAGCUGCUGUGGCAGGAGGCGCAGUCGGAGGGAUUCUUCUGUUGGUUCUCAUUGGGAUAGCAGUGUACCUCUGCUGGAAGAAAGCACACCGCAAGGCUUCUUAUGAAGAACUCACUGGUCCAACUCUUCCAGUUUGGCAGGAGACAGAUGUCGCCCAGUUGUCUUCAAUUCCUCCUCAGAAGGCAAGAUCAAGAAGCGUCCCUUUUGUUGUCCCGCCGAAAUUUCACAGGCAAACUUGGGCCAAUAUAAUAAAUGGAGAACAUAUUCAGGAGGACAGUGACCCCUGUGUUACCCCUGCCUAUGGGCCUCGAUCCUCUUUCCAUUCAUUAGCUGGAUCAUACCUCAUAGGAGCCAUCAAUCCAGAUCUGUACAGAUUUCCUGAAGACAAGAGCGAGACUGAGUUCCCUGAGGGCAACAUUGGUCGGCUUUGGUUCUCUGUGCAGUACGAGCAAGAGUCAGAAAGGCUCCUGGUCUCCUUGAUCAAAGCCCGAAAGCUGCAGCCUCCUUCUAGCUCCUGCAACCCCUUGGUGAAAAUCUACCUGCUGCCUGAUGAAAGGCGCUAUUUGCAGUCCAAGAUCAAGCGGAAAAAUCUUAAUCCUCAAUUUGAUGAGAAUUUUGUUUUCCAGAUUUCCAGUAAUGCGCUACAUCAAAGGACACUGAAGUUCUGUGUCUACCACGUAGACAAACAGAAGAAGCAUGUACUCCUAGGCCAAGUAACAUUCCCUUUGAAAAAUGAAAUCUUAAGUGGUGAUGGCAAAAUUGUUGUUUGGAGAGAUUUGGAAGCAGAUAACCAGGAGCUGCCUUCUGAACAUGGUGAUCUGCAGUUUUCUCUCAGCUACAACAGCUAUCUGGGACGUCUCACAGUGGUGAUGUUGAGAGCUAGGGGCUUGAAAUUCCAGAAAGAAAAAAAUGUGAUUGGUGUUUUUGUUAGAGUGUCACUAAUGAACCAUAAUCAGAUCAUCAAAACUAAAAGGACCAAUACUGUCACAGGGUCUCCUGACCCAUUGUUCAAUGAAACUUUCAGCUUCAAGGCUGAGCAGCUGGACCUGGAUACAACCAGCUUGAGCUUGUCAGUGCUCCAGGAAGCUGAAGGAGAUGAAACUUAUCUACUGGGUUGUGUAGUUGUUGGGCCCUACAUGUACACCAGGGGCAAGGAACUGGAACACUGGAAUGAAAUGAUCAGUAAACCCAAGGAGUUGGUGAAGAGUUGGCAUGCACUCUCUCUUAGCAGCUGAAGUACCGAGUGCUUUUUUUCAAGUGGCUUUCUUCACAUACGGGAGUGAAGACUAUUCACACUGGUUAUCUACACCACGGAUCCCUGAGGUGUAUCCUUUCCUUAUAUUCAUCACCAAUGUUCUGUGGCUUGAUAGAUGCAGACAACUGAUAUAAUCCCAGAAAGCAAUGGAUCUCACUUUGAUCUCUUCUGUGAGCAAGCCAGCUGAGGCCCUCCCUUUCAACUUAAAAUUGUGUAAACUUUUAAAGCAUUCUUAACGUUACAAGCGUGCUUAAAUUAGUGGGAAAAGGUGUUGGCCAUAGGUCAUAUAUUGUAAACUUGAAAUGUGAUAUGUUUUUAGAAAAUUCAAGCGAUCACCUGAACUGGAAGAUUACUGGGCAUUUGGCAGUAAUCCAAUGCUGAAAUCAGUGUUCUUAAGUGCCUGUGCUGGAAAGUAACCUAUGUGAGGGUUUUAGGUAUGUCCAGAUAAUUCUUCCUCUGCUAACUAGAACCCUCUGCAAAGGAUGGUCAACUUGUGGCUGUUCAGAUGUAGCUGGAUAACAGUUUCCAUUGCCCUCUACCCAUUGGUUAUGUGAGCUAAAGCUGAUGGAAAUUCAGAAAUAUAUGGCAGGUCAUAAGUUCACCGUCCCUGCCUUCCACAAAGCAUGUCAUCUUUUCCCCAUUGAAAUAACUUGGUGACAUUUCUGCUUAAACAAUAGACAACUGAGCAAAACAAAAUGAGUUGUAUGUAUUAAAUAUAGGUGUAUGCUUAGCAAUGAGCCUCACCUCUGCGCUAUUAGGAGCACAGAGUCAUCAAAACAGUUACUCAGAGGAGUUAAUCUGUUAGGAAAUGGUUUGAAAAAUAACUGGCUGGUCCACUGCAGCUUGCUUUUGUUACAUUCUGUAGAGCCAGUGUGGCACAUCCUGGAUAAAAUGUCUGAGUAGGGCUCAGGAGGUAAAGGUUCCCCUUGACAGUUUGUCCAGUCGUGUCCGACUCUAGGCGGUGAUGCUCAUCUCUGUUUCC